AUAAGUUCAUGUUGUUCCUUCAAAUAUUCUCUUCGUAUAAUUGUUUCCUACAUACCUAUCCCAGGAUAUUGCGCCUGAUUGGCGAUGGCGGGGACCCUGGUGAGGCUCUGUUCCUGUCGCCAUACGUGGAGAGCGGCAACGUGACGGAGGGGCGGCGCCUCGCCCGCGUGCCUCUCACGGACACCCUCGGAAUCGAGAGCUUCGCUGGCUACUUAACCGUCAACAAGACCUAUAAUUCCAAUCAAUUCUUCUGGUAUUUCCCCGCCAUGGAGAACAGGCGAGACGCCCCAAUCGUGCUGUGGUUGCAAGGAGGUCCCGGCGGAUCGUCUCUUUUUGGCCUGUUUACAGAAAAUGGACCUAUAAGAGUGCGUAAUAACAAGUUGGAGAGACGCAAAUAUCACUGGGCGCUGAAUCACCACCUCAUUUAUAUAGACAACCCUGUAGGAACUGGGUUCAGUUUCACAGAUGACCCAAAGGGUUACUGCACGGAUCAAGUCCGUGUUGGUGAAGAACUGUACUCCAGCGUGGUGCAGUUCCUGCAGCUGUUCCCGGAGUUGCAAUCAAACAAGUUCUUCGUAACUGGAGAGUCUUACGCCGGGAAGUACGUCCCGGCAUUGGCAUACACCAUCCACAAGAAAAAUCCUGAUGCAAAAAUAAAAGUAAACUUGAAAGGUUUAGGCAUCGGGAACGGGUUCAGCGACCCGGUCCACCAGAUAGAAUAUGGAGAGUAUCUCAGCCAGAUCGGACUCAUUGACUUCAACCAGAAAAAGGUUUUUGAAGAUUAUCAAGCUGAAAUAAAAUAUAACAUUGAACAGGAGAGAUGGGCAAAUGCUAUAAACACAAUGGAUACUCUAAUCCAAUCGUUCUACAAUUUAUCUGGCUUUACGACACACUUUAAUAUUUUGCAUACCAGCACUUACAGCAAAGAUAUAGAUUUCGGUGAUUUUAUCCAAAAAAGUACAAUACGCCAACAGAUUCACGUUGGGAACUAUGCCUUUAACGAUGGGAGUGUGGUAGAGCAGAAUUUAAACCAGGAUAUUAUGAAAUCCGUAGCACCUUGGAUUGCGGAACUCCUUGAUCAUUACAACAUACUUAUUUACAACGGUCAGUUGGAUAUAAUAGUAGCGUAUCCUUUAACAGUUAAUUUUUUGAGUAAUUUAAAUUUCACUGCAGCUGACGUGUAUAAGACGGCGGAGAGAUAUAUUUGGAGUGUGGAUGGAGAGGUUGCGGGCUAUGUUAAAGGGGCCGGGAGACUGGUAGAAGUAAUGGUGAGGAAUGCCGGUCACAUGGUGCCUGGAGAUCAACCUAAGUGGGCACUAGACAUGAUCACUAGACUAACUCAUGAAGAGACCCUGGCAGGUUACCCUACGUAUUGGGCAUCAUAA